CCAAUGUAAACAUAACCUCUGAAAAGUUUAGUAAUCAAAUGCGCGUAAACUGAUUAAAUUCGUGAUUUUUGUAGAAAAAUGGAUACAAGUACAGAAUUGAGGGAUGCUUCAGAUGAAGCACCUGUAGACAUUAACAAAUACAGAAAGCUGAUAAGUGAUUUCAUAAAUUUGAGACGCUACCAAACAGCUCUAUUUUGGGCAGAAAAAGUUGCUGUUAUGAGUAAAUUCGAGACAAUGGAUGUUUAUUGGUAUGCCCAGUGCCUGUUUCUCCUCAAAGAGUACCACCGGGCUGCUUUUAUACUGCGUCUUUACAAACUGGAGAAGACUGAUCUCAUGUGUCAUUGUCUAGCCCUGGAGUGUCUCUAUGAAGCCAGGGAGUAUCAGGAAGCCUUGGAUAUUGUCAAUUCUGUCGAUUCCUACUACAUGCUACAGUCUAAUGAUGAAUUUAUAGAUAGCAAUGAAGUGCUCGCAUCUAUAAGCUUACUCAAGGGAAAAAUUCUUGAAGCUCUGGACAAAAGGUCCCUAGCCACAGAAUCAUUCGUGCAGGCUCUUCAAACAUCUGUCUAUUGUUCUGAAGCAUUUGAUUGUCUCACGCAGCAUGAAAUGCUUUUGGCAUCUGAGGAGCGAGUUCUCAUGGAUUCCCUGCCAAUAUCGCAACAAUGUUCAGAGGGUGAUGGGAAGAUAAUCAAAGUCCUCUAUGAGAGCAAAUUAAAGAAAUACUACGAUAAAAUUAAUUCACACUUCCUUCCUGGGCGACUCAUUACGAGUAAUCUAAAUUUGCAAUCCUUCAAGAAAAGCAAGAAAGACAAUCCUACACCAACAUUUAAUUUUGCUAAAAAUAUUGAAUCAAUACGGAAUAAUCAAUCCCUUCUACAAACAUCCAAAACAACUCCCCUUACGUCGAAGGGCAGUCAUGGGAAGACAUCCUCGAAAGCGGAAAAGGAAAAGAUUCACAGCAGAUUUUUCGAAAUGCAACAACUUGUCCUCAAAGAUUGCCUGGCUCAGCUCUCCCAAAGCAUCGAUUUGUUGAUGGCUAAAGCAGAAAGAGCUUUUUACAAUUGCAAUUACAACCAUUGCUUGAAGAUUCUCAACGAGAUUUUCAGGCGGGAUCCAUAUCACACCCAGAGUCUUUCUAUUCAAAUAGGCUGUCUCUAUGAGCAAAAAGAAACAAAUAAACUCUUCUAUGUUGCCCACAAAUUGGUGGAUUUGUAUCCUGAACAAGCUAUAUCUUGGUACGCUGUAGGAAGCUAUUAUGAUUUAAUUGGGAAAAGUGAUUCAGCCCGACGUUAUCUAUCGAAGGCCACAACUCUCGACAGAUUUUACAGUCCGGCCUGGCUGGCGUAUGGGCACUCCUUUGCGAAGGAGAAUGAACACGAUCAGGCCAUGGCAGCGUACUUCAAAGCCACUCAGCUUAUGCGAGGAUGUCAUCUGCCUCUACUUUACAUUGGUGUGGAAUGUGGCCUAACGAAAAAUCUCGAGCUGGCUGAGAACUUUUUCGAACAGGCCUUGGCCAUUGCACCCCUCGAUGUGUCUGUCCUUCAUGAGUUGGCUGUAAUCAAAUAUGAAUAUGAAUUCUUUAAAAAUGCUGAGGAGGUGUUUCGUGUGACACUGGAGGUUGUGAAACGCCUGGCUGAGUGGAACAAUGAGGUAUUUUCUUCACGUUGGGAACCGCUUCUCAAUAACUUAGGCCAUUGUUGCCGGAAGAACAAAAAGUACGCCGAAGCAUUGGAAUUUCAUCGACAAGCUCUUGUUCUCAGGCCACAGAAUGCAGCCACAUACACGGCUAUUGGCUUGGUUCAGGCCAUCAUGGGCAACUUAAUUGAAGCUAUUGAGGCGUUUCACAAGAGUUUGGCACUUAGACGCAAUGAAAUUUUCACCACAACCAUCCUUAAGUAUGUCAUCGAGGAGCUCAUGGAAGAAUCCCUGGUGACUGAGAUGUACUCAGACUCUGGUACAUUUUCAUCUGCAAAGCUCAGUGAUGAGGACAAAUCACCUCUGGCCACGCCUCUCUACACCUUGGGCAAUCGAGUGGAUCAGGAUGUGGCAGAAAAUGUCCUCAACACAUCGACCGUGUUUGAGAACUUUGAUAUCAGCAUGGAUGAUUAAACAGUAAAUAAAUCGCUUUUGUUUCAUA